AUGAAUUCCUUGCCAAUAAAACCAAAAAGACUAGACCUACAAGGCAUUCGUGGUCUUGCUAUAAUUGCAGUUCUCGGUUUCCAUUUUUACCCUGACUUAUUUCCAAAUGGAUAUCUUGGUGUUGAUCAAUUUUUUGUACUAUCUGGAUUUCUGAUGUGUAUGCUUUUAAAGAGAGCUGAGAAGGAGCCACCAAUGACUUUAAUCACUCUAUUCUAUACCAAAAGAUUUAAAAGAAUUCUACCACUUUACCUACUUGUCAUUUGUUGCUCCAUGAUUUGUCUCUAUUCAUUUUUCCCCGAAAUCCUAGUCGAAACAAAUCAAGAAUCUGCAUUGAGGGCUUUAUUUUUUGUGUCAAAUACUCCAAAAACUGAAGUUCAGGAUUAUUUUAUGAUGCUGACCAAAGCCCUAGACAUAUUCACUCAUACCUGGUCUCUGUCUGUGGAAAUUCAAUUUUAUAUCCUAAUUCCUUUCAUUUUCCUGCUAGCAGCCAAACUUCCAUCGAAAUUUGAAAUUAAGUACUACGCAUUUAUAGGAAUUGUCUCAUUUUCAUUUUUCUUCUCAUCGCCUCAAUCGGCAGCUUUCAACAGUGUUUUUGCAAGGAAAUGGCAGUUUUUAAUAGGAAUUAUCGUGCAUCUCCUUGAAUAUUCAAAGCAACAGAGUACAUUAAUAUAUGAGGAGCUUCUUUCAAACGAGUCUGAGGAAAUCAAGAGCUUGCUCACUGAAGAUGACUGCAUAGAUAUGGAAACCAAUGCAAUUUCAAGCUUUUGGGAUUUAACAGCUGUAAUUGCAUAUUUACUUAUAAUAGUUCUUUUGCUCAUAAUUUCAUUUCCUAUUCCAUUGGAUGCUUUAAUUAUAAGACCACUAAUCACAAUAGGUACGGGAUGUUUAAUGCUUAUAUCUGAAGAUAAUGCAGUUCUGUCGAAUAGAGUGUUAACCUACAUUGGAGAUAUCUCAUAUUCACUUUAUCUAAUUCAUUGGCCUAUUUAUGCCUACUGGAAGCUUACUUAUAAAGACAAUAUGUCAUUGCUAAUAGUCGCAUUAAUCAGCUCGAUUCUUCUCGCUGUUCUUGUUUUUGAAACUUUUGAAAAGUGGUACCUCACGUUGACUUCUACAAACCUUUCCCUGCUUGUUAUUAUACUAUUCUUCCUAAACAUUCUUCUUAUCAAAUAUGAUAAGCUUUUCAAUCCAAAGUCAUUGGAUAAAGUCACCGACGAUAGCAAUAUUGACGACGCAAUUCGACUGAAUAAUGACUGGAACAUUCAUGAUAUUGAACACUUAAAUGUACCGUACUGCAAGUAUGAAACUCCAGGCCCACUUGCAUGGUGCAGUCAUCAGGGUCUAAAUGCAACCUCAAAGUACAAGUUAAUGAUCAUUGGAAAUAGUUGGUCAGCAAAUCAUGGCACCAUGUUUCAUCAAGAAUGUGGUUAUAAAGCAAACACUAUCAUACAGGGAUCAUACCCAAAACUUGUUUCAGCUUGUGAAAUGAUUUAUCCUACUGAACACCGGGGAGGAUGCAUAAGAGACUACCAUAAUUACUGAAUUCGUGUCGAAAAAGAAAAACCUGAUUACUUAUUUAUAAUCUCAAGGUAUAUAUCUAUCGGUGAUCCGAUACCAACAAAUGUGACAAAAUUGAGUGAUGAUCCGAUCUAUCAAUCUAUGAAAUCUCAGCUUCUUGCAUUUCUAUCAAGUACCAAGUACAUGGUUUACAUUCUGAAUGCCUUGCCAGCACACGAUUUAAAUCAGACAGAGAAUAUUGGAAAAUGGCUAAAAGAAGGGGUAAAUCCUGUUGAAGUUGAGAGGCGCUUGGGUGAUGAGGUAGGCAAGCCGUACAAACAGGCGACCUACGAAAUGGCCCGGAAAAGAUAUGCGGAACUAGUGACAGAAUGUAAUGGGCGGUGUGCUCUGGUGGACUACAAGCUUGAAUUCUAUAACAAUGCCACUGACACCUACAAAUUAUUUGAUGACAGAGGAUUCGAAUACUUCACCUCUGGAUUACACUUGUCACCACAUGGACUGGAAAAAGUUCGACACAUUUGGACGGACCUUUGUUCGAAAUUUUAA